AUGAAUAAAAAUAAACUGAUUCAUGAAUUUCUGGAAGUAGUUUCAAGAGGUGAUGUGGAACUCAUCUGUGACCAUAUUGCUAAAGUCCAUUCCAUCCUAGGAAACCUUGACUUUCAGCAUCCAAAGACUGGGAACACACCUCUCAUUACUGCAGCAGAAGAAAAUCUAACAGAGGUUGUUGGAUUUCUUCUGGAAAAGGGAGCAGAUAUCACCCUGUGCAAUUACAGCAAUCAAACCGCAGUCCAUGUGGCUAAUUGUGAUGUCCAAAGACAACUCUUGGCCAUCAAUGGAAUCCAAGCUCCCCAAAUGCAACUGCUGCAAAGCUCAUGGCAAGGUGAUCUUGAACAACUUCAACACUUGCUGGCAUCUGAAGAGUUCCUGGAUAUAAAUUUCCCAAACCAACAUGGCUUGACUCCUCUGAUGCUGGCUGUGAGAGAUGUGGACCUGUUUGAAAGACUUGAUAUGUUAACUCUCUAUAGACCUGCAGAGGUUCUCUCUGAGCUCCUCAGGCAUCAUGCAGAUCCUAAACUCUGUGAUUUAAGUGGAAAAUCAGCAAUACAUUAUGUAUCACAAAUAGAGAGCUUCAGAAAACAGCAGUUAUUGGACAUUUUAAUGAAUUCUAUGCCAAAACCAGAAAGAUAUGCUGAAUCAUUGCUUGACAUUUGUCAUUAUACAAACUCUUCUCCAACUGAUAUGAUGACAGUUACUAAAAACCAAAAUAUAAUCUUGCAGAGCAUCAGCAGCAGUGAGGAGUCUGACCAAGAUGAUGACUGCUGUCAUUCCAUAUUGAUUAGUGAAGAAGGAGAUCCAAGUAGUGAUGGACAAGACUGGCAACCCAGGACAGAAGGUGUUGAGAUUAUUGUUACUUUUCCGAGAGAUGUCAGCCAUCCCCAAGAAAUGGGCCAAGAAGAUUUACAAGAAAACAAUCAGAUAACCUCAGGGCAUCAGGAAUGGACACCAGAACAUUCUGUUUCACUUCCAAAAAACAUCGAGAUGGUGGGCUUCAGGACAAAGACGGUGGCCACGGAGCCUUUACUUGCAGAGAAAGAGGAACAUUCCCAGGAACUCUGCAAUACGAACUUGGGCUUUUUGUUGCCAAGACCUUACUUAGAAACGAUAAUCUCCAAGUCUGUAGCCAGAGAAGAUGUUCCUCACUUUCUGAAGGGGCAGCCAAGAAAAUCUGAAGAGUUUUCUACCUCUGACAUGAAGUAUAGUAGCCGAAGAAUUGAGUUCCCUCUGCCACCGCUAUCAUCUCUGCCCAUGAGAUCUGGUCUCCUUACUAUACCCCUAAGUCACAAGGAUCAAAAAGCAAGGGAAAGAAAUAUUCCACAUCUUGUAUCUUUCAUACCUAAGUUCUUGGAGCCUAUUAGUCAAUCUGAUGAAUUUAGACCAUCAAAUAAGCAGAAGGAAGCACCGUUCAAGUUGUUAGCAGAUCAGACUCUCAGAUCCUUUGACAGUUCUAUUUGGUCCAGAAACAUGUGCUCUUUUUGGAAGGCUCACCAUCACAGACAACACCUGGAAAAGGGGGGGAGUAGGGAAUCCAAGGAAAGAGAAGGGUGUGUCAACAUUGAAGUCUCUCACUUUGAAAAAGGACAAUCUUUAGUGUCCUUGGAGAAUUUCAAGGAAGGCAAUUUUCCUACAGAUAGGGAAGAGGAUAUUGACUGCCAUGGUAACGAACUGAGAAGAGCAGAAGAGAACGCUCCAUCUCUUUCAUCAGGAAAGAAAGAGGAUUCAGUAGCCAGAAACUAUGAACAAGAUUCAGAAGUUGGAUACACCAAGCCAAUCAAGUUCCAAGAAGCCCUGCCAUCAGAUAUAGGUCUAAGGCAGGAUGAAGGUACUAAAAAUGAUAAAGCUGAUUCAAAAAGUGCUUCAGCACUUAAAGGUGAAGCAAUUGAACUAGACCAUAUUUCAGAAGAUUACACUCUUCUUAAAAGUUUGUCUGAUGCAGUCACUGAUGGCCCCAUUGAAAAGCUCUCAGAAGAUCACAGCAGCAUGGAGACAAACACAAAAAUGUCAGUAGCAGAAACAACCAAACCAGAAAUGAAUGGGAUGGUGCCUCUUAUCCACAUCACUUUCCCUGGAGGUGAAACUCCCAAGGAACCAGCAAUAACCAAACCAAGCCUCCAAAAACGAAAGGGCAUCCCUCGUAGCAGUAGUAGCUUCAACAUACUUGCACACCAAGAAAAUGACAGGCAUAAGGUGAAAGCCCAGAGAAAUAAGUUAGAUUCAAAGACCAAGACCAGUAACAGGACACCUCAAAAUUUCAUGAUUUCCACUAAAGGUUCCGUGAAGCCUACCAUGCACAAAACCAGUAUAAAAACUCAAGUUUUUCCUGCUUUGGGUCUUGUGGAUCCCAGACCUUGGCAACCACCCAAGUUUCAAAGGAGACUGCCACAGAUAGAAAGAAAGCAAUCUGCUUACCAGGCUUUGAAACCUAAAAAGCCAUCAUUCCCUUGCCUCUAUAAAAAUCCAGGAAUAAAAAAGUCUUCUGUUCCUCUCUCUGCUCAACCAGCAGAGCCAAGACUGAAUUACUUAGAUCUGAAGUAUAGUGACAUGUUCAAAGAGAUCAAUUCAACUGCGAACGGGCCUGGAAUCUAUGAAAUGUUUGGAACUCCUGUUUACUGUCACAUGCGAGAGGCUGAACGGCAUGAAAACAAGUAUCACCGAGAGAUAUGCUCAGCUCCAUCAGGCAGAUGUAUCACCAAUAAAUGUCGAUCUUCACACAGUGAGAGGAGCAGCAAUAGCCGAAACAGACUUCCUCAGAAAAGACCUCAUAGUAAACCCCCCAAAUCUUCUCUUGGCAUUAAACAAAAGCACAGAAGUUUAAUUCCUAAAGAAAAGGAUUGUCAGGCUGUAGGUAGCACCCUACAAGAUGCUGAAAAUGGUGAUGGCAUAUCAGAACCAGGGUGGCAGAUUAAGUCUUCAGGAAAUGACUUUCUAUCUUCCAAAGAUGAAGUUCAGCCCAUGAACUUGGUUCAAGCUCAUGAGCAGUUCACUGAACAGAAUGAUUUCUUUCCUGUCUCAGAUUUGUCCAUUAUUGAAGAAGUCUCUAUGGAAGAGUCUGCUGAUGAAGAAGACAUUUCUAACAAUCAGAUACUUGCCAUGAGCCUCAGAGAUCUGCAUCAACUUGAAGAGCUAUGCCACCAGACCCCAUUUGUCCUUUCAGAAAACAGCUGGGCAGUACCCAGUGAGAAAAUUUGCAACAUGCAUGUACUGCAAGAAGAGCAGAAGGUAGCAUCUCCCCGUGAAACAAAUGGCAAGCAAAUUUUAACUAACGGUGUAGACUUUGAUAGUUUUUCAGAUAAGCUGAAAACUCUUAGGAGUUUCUCUUCCCAAGAGAAACAAGGAAGUGUAACUUCUCAAGCAUAUCAACACUGGGCACUGUUUUUGGAUCAUGAUAGUUUAGUUAAUGGGUCAGUUCCGUAUCAAACACUUGGAAAAACUUUAAAUGAUACAGAUUCAAUGUCCCAAGAAAUUCUAGACUCUGUAAAGAAUGAAGAAUUGACAGAUGAACUCUUAGGUUGUCUAGCUGCAGAACUAUUAGCUCUUGAUGAGAAAGAUAACAACUCUUGCCAAAUAAUGGCAGAUGAAACAGAUCCUGAAAGCCGAGAUUUUGUCCUCAGCAAGAGAGGAAAUAUCAUGCAAGAAUUAGGUAGAGAGAUAACAAAUGUCAAAAUACAGAGAUAUAGUAAUGGCUUCAGGAGAUAUGACAAAGAGGAGAGAUUUUUCAACUCACAUGAAAAGAAGACAUUUUCUGAAAAUAGUUUAAAGUAUGAAGAAUCUAUCCUGUGGACCAAGGGUGAGAUCCUCGGGAAGGGAGCAUAUGGCACAGUAUACUGUGGUCUUACUAGCCAAGGACAGCUAAUAGCUGUAAAACAGGUGGCUUUGGAUACCUCUGAUAAAUUAGCUACUGAAAAAGAAUAUCGGAAACUGCAGGAAGAAGUCGAUUUGCUCAAAGCCUUGAAACAUGUCAACAUUGUGGCCUAUUUGGGGACAUGCUUGGAGGAAAACAUUGUAAGCAUUUUCAUGGAGUUUGUUCCUGGUGGCUCCAUCUCUAGUAUUAUAAAACGUUUUGGGCCAUUGCCUGAGAUGGUGUUCUGUAAGUAUACAGAACAGAUUCUGCAAGGUGUUGCUUAUCUCCAUGAGAACUGUGUGGUGCAUAGAGAUAUCAAAGGAAAUAAUGUUAUGCUUAUGCCAACUGGAAUCAUAAAGCUGGUUGACUUUGGCUGUGCCAAGCGUUUGGCCUGGGCUGGCCUAAAUGGCACCCACAGUGACAUUCUCAAGUCCAUGCAUGGGACUCCAUAUUGGAUGGCCCCAGAAGUCAUCAAUGAGUCUGGCUAUGGACGGAAGUCAGAUAUCUGGAGCAUCGGAUGCACUGUUUUUGAGAUGGCCACCGGGAAGCCUCCACUGGCUUCCAUGGACAGGAUGGCAGCCAUGUUCUACAUUGGCGCACACCGAGGGCUGAUGCCUGCGUUACCAGAUUGCUUCUCAGAAAACGCAGCAGACUUUGUGCGCGUGUGCCUCACCAGGGACCAGCAUGAGCGGCCCUCUGCUGUUCAGCUCCUCAAGCAUUCCUUCUUGAAGAGAAGUCCCUGA